UCUACAGUCCGUGAUAAAUUUUGAACUUCCGAUGUGUUUUGACCAUUAAUGCAUCACCGUUUCUCAUCACUUUCUUCUUCUGUUUAUAGAAAUGGUAGAUUAUACUUAUUCAGAUGAUGGAAUGCCAAUUCCUAAACACUCUGGGGCUUUCGCGAACCCAUUUGUGUCAGAAGAAGACGUGACAAACAUUUUUGAUAUUCGCGAAGACGGGUUUGAUGUGACCCUUUCAUUGGCAAAUGGGAACAUCAGCUGGGUCAGUGUCAGCGGCAAUAAGGGUGUGAGAUCUAAAGGACUCUUUAAAAAGAAAAAAGGUGUUGCUGAGGAGAUUUUACCUCUCGAGGAUAUUCUUGGUGUAAAAAUAAAACGCAGAAAAACAACAGGACAACAUGAAGGAGAGGGCAUGUGUCAAGGUUUUACUAUUUAUGCCUAUCAAGUCUUUGGUCCAAAUAAUUUAAAGGAAAGAAUUAUAGAAAUGGAACAUCCCAGUGAAAAAAUUUGUAAAGAAUAUUGUGAGAAAAUUACAGAUUAUUUAGAUGCAAUAAAAGAACGACCUAAAUCAAUGAAGUUAUAUAUACAAAGUCAUGCUGGACCACAUAACAGUAGUAAUAUCUACAAACAGAAAAUCCAGCACCUGUUUGAAGCAGCCAAUUUAAUUGUAGAUUCUACAGAGAUACAGCAUAAUGAAUAUGUGAAACAGGAAAUGAUACAUCUAGAAGUGGAUCAGUAUGAUUGUAUUUGUUGUGUUGGUGGAGAUGGUACUGUUAGUAAAGUGACCACAGCAUUACUAAAUAAAAUACAAGCUACAAAACAUAUAGAUCUUAAAAAUGGAUUGACACCAGCAAGAUGUCAUAUACCAUUGGGAAUUAUCCCUACAGGAACCACAAAUCAGGCUGCUAAAUCAGUAUUAGGUCAGUUAGAUCCAGUUAGUGCUGCAAUUAAUAUUAUACUAGGUAGAACAGCUGCAGUAGAUGUUAUCUCAAUUUUCCACAAAGACAAAUUUUUACAAUGGGGUUUUAUAUGCCAAUAUGGCUUUGCUGGGAAUGUUCUCAAAUUAGCCAAAAAAUAUAACCGUGUAGGACUUGGUAGUAAAGGAUUAGAUGCUGCAGUAGUAAAAGCACUUAGUAAAUCUAAAUUCAGAAUGUACGAAUGUGAUAUAGAAUAUCUCCCUGCAGACCCUCUCUCUAGUGAACAACAGUAUAAUGUAUGUCGUACAGGAUGUGAUGUGUGUGUACCUAUAGAUGCCAGUAAACAAGAUGACAAUACGUUUGAUGUAGUGGAGGAAUGUAUCGUACAACCAUUUAAUUCUAGUAAUAAUAGUAAUGAUUUUAAUAGUUUAAGUGAUACUGAACAACUCUCAGAGGAAGUAUUAGAAGACAAUCCAUGGAAAGCCUCCAAGGGAAGUUACUAUCAUGUUGGAUUAUAUGGUAUACCAGGCAAUUGUGAGGUGGCUCCCGAAGGGCUCAGUAAAUUUACUCAUUUAUCUGAUGGUGCUAUGGAGUUAGUUCUAGUUAAAGACUGCUCAAGAAGAGAUUUUAUAAGAUAUCUGAAACGUCAUGGAAAUCAUAAAAAUCAGUUUGAUUUUCCAUUUGUGGAGAUACAUAGGGUAAAAGAAGUAAGGUUUAAGCCUAGAUAUCCAAUGGGUUGGAACUAUAAUGAUACUACAUAUAAUGAGGUGGAGGAUCGUAUGAAGUCCAUAGAACAUAGAAUGUCUGUCCAAGGUGGUAAGUCUGGUGAUGCCUUUAUAAUUGAUGGUGAGAAUGGUAGCAUCCACACCCCAUCACCACGUAGGGCAGACAGUGUAGAAGAUCUCGAUGAUCUGGACGAUACCGAUGAAGAUGAUGAAAUUGAUGAUGUGUCGCCACCUGGAAGUCGUACAGGCUCUGGAAACAAAAACAACAAUAUAUAUAAGAGAAAAGACAAUGUACUUGUAAACAGUGCUCCACAGGACCAACGACUAGUAGGAAUGCAGUAUAGACAAACUUUUGCUGAUGAGGAGAGAUGGAGAAGGAAAAAGAAGGUGCUGAAAAAAGAAGAAAAGAAAAGGAUAAAAGAAGAAUCUAAAAUACAGACUGUAUGGAAUAUUGAUAAUGAGAUAUGUGAUGACACAUUAUUGAGUUUUAGGGUACAUCAUGGGUUACUAUCUGUAUAUGGAGUUGGUUUAUCACCAGAUACAGUUUUCAUCAAUUCACCAUUAUCCUGCCUGCCCCUCAUCAACUAGAAACAAUAUCUUAUCUCCCUGUCAUUGGUAGGAGCAAGACUGGUGUCAUCAGUAGAAACAAGGAUCAAGUCAUCAGUAGGAGCAAGGAUCGAGUCAUCAGAAGGAACAAGGAUACAGUCAAUCAUCAAGAGAAUGGUCCCAGUCCGUCAUAAGCUCAAAAAAAUUUAUCAACGGUUACUUGGUCAUCAAAGAGUAAUAAAAUCUGCAAUCUAACCAUUAACAUGCAUCAUACUUGCUCAAGAUUGUCAUUAUUUCCUUUUAGAUUAUAUAUUUUAUCUUAAGAAACCAGUAGGUUCUCAGAUCCAUGAAAUUUUGUCAACAAAGACAUGAAUAAUAAUUUUCUAAAUACAAUAUAUCUGUGCUAUGGAAUGUAUUUUUGGGAAAAUUAAGUUUGUUUCAAUGUGCUUAUUAUUAUUGUAAAACUUGCCGUCAUAAAGUUAAUUUAUUUGCCAUUUUUAUGUAAAUAUAGUGAUUUGUUGUUCCAUAAAAUUAAUUUAAACUAUAAGAUCUUAUUUCUAGGUAUAUCUUGUAUCAACUUUUUUUUGCCUUUUGUAUGCGUUAAUUUAUUGUGAAUGUUAAAAUAUUUAAGAGGUGCCUUCUUAUGUUUAGGAGUUCAAACUAAAAUGUAAGAAAUAUAUUUAUUUAUAAACAGAAUAACUUUGGUCUUCUAAAGGCACAAGUAUUUGAUUUAGUUGCUUAUUCCUUUAAUAUACUUUAAUUAAUUAUUACAUUGUAGUGUAAGUUUUGCACAGUGUAUAACAUUGUUGUGAUUUGUUCAAAUAUUGAUUUUAAUAUAUAUUUAGUUUUAUUAGAAUUCUUGUUAUUUAGAUUCAAAAACUCACAUUUUGCUUGAAUCUUUAUUUUGUUUUUAUCAGACCUAUAGUCACUGUCUGGAUUGUUAUACCGUAUUAAAUAGAAUUUUAUUUUGGUUUCUUUUCUUGCAUUUAAGCUUACACUGAAUGACAAUUAUUUUAUGUGUAACCAAUUUCCAUGAAAAGACAAUAAUUAUUUCUCACACCUUUUAAGGGUGAAAGAUGUAUGUUUAUGUCUUUUUCAAAAGUUUGGUGAACUUGUAAGCUUUUGCACCUUGUUGAUAGUCUCACUGUUACUUAGAGAGGAAGAACUGCAAUAUAAGAUUUUCAUUUAAUUUUUGUUUUGUCUUGUGUGUGCUCAUAUUUUGUCACUUUUAUGCACUGUAUACCUUUUUUUUAAACUUUUUUUAGUUUAAAUUGGAAGGGAACAAAAUUUAUCUGAGUUGUUGCUCACUAACAGAAAGGAGUAGGUUCAGUAAGACCACUUUUUGGCCCCAAAAUAUAACAGUUUUACAAAAUUGUGAAAAUGUAAUUUUUUAUCUAUUUAUUGGAAAGCAAAAUGCUUCUGCUACAUAAAUAUGGGCUGUUUGUAAUAAUAUAAUGCACAUAUAUCGGGUAUUACCAUCAUUAAGUCAUGCUAAAUUACCGAAAUCUUCAUAAUUUUAGUUCAAUUUUAGACGGUCUCCGUCUUAAAUGAAAGUGGCCUGAUUCGUCUUCAUUCAUGAUAUUGAAAUGUAUUAAAGUUGUAUUUCAUGAUAAUACAUAAUAUAUUUAUAAAGCAAUGAGUGAAUAUUACACUGUCAAGUUGGAAAUAUUAGGAGUUUAUGUUUUGGCUAAUUUCUCAAUUAAGAUAAAAAAAAAUGGUGAAAAUAUCCCAUGGUGUAAAUUUUGAACUUUAAAAUGAUAAGAGUCAAGGAUAAAAAAAGAGGCCAAAUAAAACCUAGCAAACUUGUUUGACCCUUUGAAACCAGGAAAUUAAAUCUCUGAAAAAAAUUAUCCACCUGACAGUAUUUUAUAGCACUUGUAUUUCAGAGUAGUAUUCAUCACCACAAAGGGUUUUAUAUUCAUUCAAUAAAUCAUCAUACCUGAUUUAUAUAGAAUAGCUGAAAACACAUGCAUAAUGUCCUCAUUGAUAGUCUAUGUAGUUAUGACUCACAAUUUUAUCAAAAACAAUAUUUUUCUAUGCUGGAGAAAACUAAGGGUAAGUAACUUUAUUACUUUAAAAUAGACAAUAUUCAAAAUUAUCUAUACAGACAAAGGAAAGUGCUUUAAGUUCAUCUCAAUAUAAGCCCUAAAGUUCUUUGAAAUUUAACUUUUGAUUUUAUUAAUCCGGUUUGAUAAGAUGUUGACCAUUAAAAAAGGAUUAAAAAACAAAUCUGGUUUUAAUUGGCAUUUCAAUCAUUAGAGCAUGACAGUUAUUUCUGAAGGAAACACAAUAGAGGAUUAGUUGUUUUAAGUAAUAUAAAUGCAUUCAGAAAGAUACUACUGAUUAUAUGAGAGCUAAACAACUCUUAUUUCUUAAAAAAAAUCUUGCCAUUAUUAUUUGUCAGUUAAUAUCACAUAAAAUAACUGACCUAUAUUGGUUAACAUAUACAAACACAUUUACAUAAAAUGUAUAUAAUAUCUGAACGAGUGUAAUAUGUUCUUACGUGUUUGCAAAUGAUACAGAUGUCUUAGUUUGGUUAAAUUUUGCAUUUAGGUGAAUUUGUCCAGAAUUCAGUUAUUGAAUACCAAUGAUAGUUCUAUUGUUAUUACUAACCUAUUAUAAAGGUCACUGUAAUGGACAACACUGGUUAAGUUUCUUAGAAAUGAAUUAUAAUAUUAUGACUAAUUAUUACCAUGCAUUUGAUACAGCCAAAUAUUUGUAACUGUGUCUAACACUGGAAAGUUGUAGCUUGUCAAAAAUUUCAAUGAAUCAGAUACAAUUUUUGUUUAAAUUUUUUUUGCAUCUCAUUUUUUCCUUCUUUUACAUCAAUAGGAUUUAAAAAAAUAACUUUUCUUCAAGUAUAAAGAGUAAAUUCUAUUUUUUUUAAUGUAACCUCAUAGACUUUUUGUUAUCUUACCACCAGUAAAAAUGUCAAUGGUUGAAAUGUGGAUGAAUUGUAUAUCACAAGCUCACAGCUGUUUACUGUGUUAAAGGGCCAAAUAAGAAUAUAUGUAUAUAUCAGCAAUAUUCUAAUCCUUUUAUUAAUAUGCUCCAUAUCAUAAAAUCCUCUUUUUGUUGAUGUCUCGCCUAUGUUUUACAUACAUCUACUAUAUUUUUCACAUGUAACCGAAAUUGUUUAAACUUGUUUCAGCACUUUCUAAAGAAAGUUACAAAUUAGUUUGAAAUAUGAUUUCUAUAAUAAUCAAAGAUUUCAAAUUGUGGGUUUAUAUUUUCAUUCACAUAUUGGCAAACUUUUGUAUCUAACAAGGACUAGAUAAAUAAUAGCAUUUCACUCUAGAUAAAUUCCCUAUUUUUAAUAUCUAGGUUAUUUUUUUGAAAUUGAAAAUUUAAAAAAUAAUCUUCAAAGUUGGCCAUAUCUUAUGAUGCAGAAAUUUGCAGUCAUCUUGGUGUAACUGGAGCCCAACAUAAACAUAAACAUAAAAUCAUUAUAACCUUUGUGUCUCAUUUGUAUACCAAACUUAUCUUUCAUGUGAUUAAUCUUAUGUGAAAUUAUAGAAGAUUGCAAUUACAUGUUAAAUCCUUUAUUUUUUCAGGUGGAGGAGUGUCCUUGACCCUCCCUUUUGCCUAAUUUUUUGUUGUAAUUAUAAACUUUUGCGAAUAUUUACUGCUCAUGUAAUUUUUUUCUAUUUUCUGGAUGGUUCAGAAAACAUUUAUUUCUGUGGGUUUAUUACAUGCUUCUAUAUUUGUGUGUGUAAGUAUUUGUCAAUUGCACUGUAAAAUACUGCAUACCUUGUCUCAACACACGAUACUGUUCCAUUUACAAUCAUCCUUGUAUUCCGUCCACUUUAUGUUCUGUUUUUAUCUUGCAUUCCAGAUUUUUUAUUUUUACUGGUUUUGUAUUAUUUUAUAAUUUUAUGGUUAUUUUAAAAAUUAUUAUACAUAUAAUAUUUACAAGAGUUUAUUAAUAAAAACAAAUGUGUUUAUAAUUUAAAACAAAAGAUGAAAUAAAAUAUACCAAUGUGA